AAAAUCCCUCCAUGUAUAUACUUGCACUUUGUUCCUAUUGAUCCUCUUAGUUGUACAUUGUUAACUUUUUGGCUACAUUUGAACUGUUAAUAUUUGUAUUUUAUUAUAGUUUUCGUUUUUACUACACCUUCACUAAUUCCCCAUGUUUCUUCCCGAACUGCACUUAUGUUGUUUUACUUUAUACUAAGUCUGGGCGGCAGCCAUUUGGGUUUAUCCCUGCCUUUGGUUGCUUGAACUGUGUUGACUGGAAUUGUGCAUUUUGGUUGUGAAUUGAAGCACUCUUCCAGAAUUGAAAACACUCUGUGUUAUAGAGCGACCAAUUAUUACCUUUUGAACGAAUCUGUACGUGAUCUAUCCAGACAGGAUAGAAUAACAUUUAUUUGUGGUUAUUGGUAAUUUUCUUGCAUCCUGUAUCAACUUUCUUAUUUAUUGUAAUUUAGAUUUGAUCAAUUGAACAAUUAUUGGUUGGAUAGCUGAGUGGUUAUAUUUGUUUAGGUAAUAAUGUACACUUAAAUUUAUGAUAAAUUAUAGAACCGUCAUCGUACCCAAUUACUUUGUUUUGGUUUCAAACGGGCGAGGGUGCGUAUCUAACUCAUCCAGACAGCUGUCCUUCACUCCAAACCGUAGUUUGGAUCUUACAGUUCUAAACAAAUAUUUCGGUCGAAUUCGUUUGGCUUUCGUUUCGUUGAUUCCAAUCAUUGUCUCUGGGAAUAUUUGGUCGUUCGCUUGCGAUGCCAAACAAUCGUCGAAGGAAAUUAAGUCCAAGGCUCGUGGAUGUUAAAAGAGAUGAACAAAAGGAUGGAUCCCCUCAAUCAAGGCAAGUGCCUUUUGAUGCUUCUAUGUGUCAUGGUUCAUAUUCUAAUAGGGACGAUUGUAAUUAUAGUGAAUCUAGUUGUGAUAUAAUGGCAGAUGGCAUAGAAAACCUUAGUUUAGACGUGAAGCAAGCAAGAAGCGUGAUGCCUACGGCGGCUUUCGUAGGUCCAGAGUUACCAAAGGUUGAGUUAAGUUAUUUGGACGGUCAACCAAGAGGUUAUUGUAAGUUUUUAAUGGAGUUUGAGACCUAUGUAGAAUCAAGGGUCAAGGAUGAUGGUCAACGCUUGCUUUAUUUGGUACAUUAUUGUAAGGGUAAAGCGAAAACAGCCAUUGAGGGUUGUGUUAUGUUGGAAGCCUCUUCUGGUUAGAAGAAGGCCAAAGAAAUUCUAAAACGGUUGUUCGGACAGGCGCAUGUAAUCGCUCGAGAGACACUAGAAGACUUAUUCAGUGCCGUAAAUUUUGAUUAUGCUGACGGAGAGCAAGAAACAAAAUUGGCUAUUAAAAUGGAAAACUGUGCUGUGAUCUUGGAACAGAUGAAUUAUGUCUCUGAUCUAAAUUCCUUAAUUACCUUGGAAGGAAUAGUGAGACUCUUGCCUCAGCCUAUGCAAACCCAGUGGGCGGACUUGGUGGACGAAUUGACUGAAGAUAACAGGGAACCGACCUUUGACGAGCUCACUCAGUUUAUCGCAUCGCGUGCGAGAGUGGCUUGUAGUAGAUUUGGACGGUUAGCAAAUCGUUCAAGAAAAGGACAUAACGUAAAGACGAACUGUCACGUGCAAUCGGAGCAAGGGAAUAGUUCGACAAUGAAAACUAAGUGCAGUAUGUGUUCCUACGACCAUGCUGUUGAUAAAUGUCCACAGUUCUUAGCGCAUACAGUUCAAGACCGAUGGUCUCACGCUAAAAGCAAGGGUAUCUGUUUUGUCUGUCUUAGACAAGGACAUAAGGUUAAUGAAUGUAAGAUGACAAGGCUCUGUAACGUUGACUGUUGUGAGAAGAGACAUCACGUUCUGCUGCACACUGACUCGACAAGCAACGUCGUAAAUGAUAAGCCAUCAUGCCCGGAAUAUAGGAAAAGAGUUGUUAACCAUACGGGUAAGGUACAGACAUUAGAGAACGAAAUACGUGAGCUUUAUGAUGUAGAGUUUUCAGAUGCUUAUUCAAGUGAUAAAUCAUUAUCAGUAGACGACAAGGCGGCUAUAAAGAUUGUGGAAGGGGGCACGCGCUUCGACAACGGUCAUUUUGUAGUUUCUAUACCGUGGAAAAAGAAUCCAAAUAUGAAAGUGGAUAAUUAUGAAGUAGCAAACCGUAGAUUACAAAGUUUGAAGGGUAUGUUGUCGAAGGAUGUCAGUCUGCACAUCAGGUAUAUCAAAAGUACUGAAAGUGAUUUUACUAAGACUUAUGCGGAGAGGGUCUUUGAAAUAUAUCUGCAGUCUUAUUAUCGCCCUCGAUGGUAUUUACCUCAUCGUGCAGUAUUAAACAUGAAGAAACCAGAAGAAUUUAGAGUGGUCCUUGAUUGUGCCGCCGAGUUUGCAGGGGUUUCCAUGAAUGAUAUGAUUUAUCAAGAACACGAUACCACUGCUGAGUUAAUGUGCAUAUUAUUAAGUUUUUGCAAGGAGACAGUUGCAAUCCCUGCAGAUGUUGAAGAAAUGUUCAUGCAAGUGAAGUUCCCUAAGUCUGGUCGAGGAGCUUCAAGAUUUCUGUGGUGGCAGGAGGGGGACAUGUCGAAGGAACCAUCUGAGUUUCAAAUGACAACUCAUGCAUUUGGUGCCACAUCAUCGCCGUUUCGUGCGAACUUUGCCUUCAAUAAGACCGCACAAAUAUUCUCUGACGGUAGUGAGUUUAGAAAAACUGCUGUGGUUAACUUGAGUAGUAUAAAGUACAACAUGUCACCUAUUCUCUCUUAUUACUCCGAGUGGUUGAAAUUAGUCAGGGCCGUAGCCUGGCUUAGAAGGUUCAUAGAAUUCCUGAUGGUACUUCGUUCCCCGAGUCAUGAAGGAUCCGUUCAUUUAGGAUGUUUAAAGGUCAAAGAGCUUGACAUCGCCAAGCGUAAAAUUUUAUUGAUGGUUCAGAAAGAAGUGUAUGGAGAAAUACUUAGUGGAUUUAAAAACAAUGGUAAAGUAGUUAGUCACAAUGAUCUGAAGGGCUUAUCACCGAUAAUGCUUGAUUGGUUACUCUGCGUUGGAGGUCGACUAAGAUACUCAGAUUUCCCAAAUGCUUUUAAACAUCCAGUAAUUUUACCCAGUCGACACUUAGUGACGGAAAUGAUAAUCAGACAUUGUCCUAAAGAACAAGGACACAUAGGAAGAUCAUUAGAAAAAGGGUAUGGAUAUGUGUUUACUUGUUUGCAAACAUGGGCAGUACAGUUUGAAAUGAUUUGUAGUUUGAUUAUAAUGGCCUUAUUACGUUGUAUUGGAAGAAGAAGGAGACCUCCGGAGAUUUACAGUGACAGUGCGUCAAGCUUCGUGGGGGCAUUUUCUGAGUUAAGGAAGUUUGUGCAACAGUCGAAUCAGCAGAAGAUAAAUAGUGAAUUGUCAGCGAGGCCCUCAUCCAACAGCAUGGGUGGGGUUUGGGGAAGAGUGAUUAGGUCUAUACCACAAGUGUUAUUGUUGAACACCAGAGAACAAGUGAAGCAGGUCUCCUUGAAGCUUCGGAUUAGUCUUUGUUGUUAUUAAUGUAGGUAGGUCGAGUAGGCGUACUGUUGUAAGUCCUACUCGUUCCUAUAGUGUCAUAUGCUACAUAAUGAACCAUGACCAUAGGCAUCAAGGUAGCUUGUGUGAUAUGGAGGGAUUUUGGGGGCCGGUGUAAGAUCCAUUUUGAAUGCUUUGUGUGUUUGUGAAAAUCCCUCCAUGUAUAUACUUGCACUUUGUUCCUAUUGAUCCUCUUAGUUGUACAUUGUUAACUUUUUGGCUACAUUUGAACUGUUAAUAUUUGUAUUUUAUUAUAGUUUUCGUUUUUACUACACCUUCACUAAUUCCCCAUGUUUCUUCCCGAACUGCACUUAUGUUGUUUUACUUUAUACUAAGUCUGGGCGGCAGCCAUUUGGGUUUAUCCCUGCCUUUGGUUGCUUGAACUGUGUUGACUGGAAUUGUGCAUUUUGGUUGUGAAUUGAAGCACUCUUCCAGAAUUGAAAACACUCUGUGUUAUAGAGCGACCAAUUAUUACCUUUUGAACGAAUCUGUACGUGAUCUAUCCAGACAGGAUAGAAUAACAUUUAUUUGUGGUUAUUGGUAAUUUUCUUGCAUCCUGUAUCAACUUUCUUAUUUAUUGUAAUUUAGAUUUGAUCAAUUGAACAAUUAUUGGUUGGAUAGCUGAGUGGUUAUAUUUGUUUAGGUAAUAAUGUACACUUAAAUUUAUGAUAAAUUAUAGAACCGUCAUCGUACCC